AUGGCCGAAAGCGUUUCUGUAUUGAAGGCAACCGAAUGGCAUGCUGAUAAUAUUCUGGAAAAGUGCUGGCAUUUACUGGAUGAGGAGACGGAAAAGAUUCUGCAAUCGGAACACUUCAAACGCAUCCCACUGCGCACCCUACUGCAACGCGAUACGAUAUGGGUCGCGGAAGCCUGUAAGGGGAAUAACAUGGAACCGUCCGCUGCCAACCGGCGUCAGAUGCUGGUCGACGCGCUCUUCCUGGUGCGCUUCCCCCUGCUAACGGCCGAGCAACUGGCGGAUGGGCCCACGACGCGGUCUGCUGACGGCUGCCGAGAGCUGCUGAAUAUCUUCGUGUACCACAAUGCCGCUGUGAAGCCGGAGUUACCCUUCCCUACGGAGCAGCGCAACACCGUACCGAUGGCCAUGGGAUUGAAUCGAAAUGAAGCAGUGUUUGCGAGAUGGGGCUCGCGUGGCAUCUGGGAGCUAGCCAAAAUUAUUGAGAGGCGGCAGUCUGUGGUGGAUAUUCGGUGGGCCCGGGAUGGUCGCAAGGACAGUGUGUGUGUUAAGCGUGUCGUUCUGGUUUCCGACAUCCAGCUCACCAACCAGUCAAUAACGAAUGCUGCGAAUUUCUCCACUUACUACCCUGGCGCUGUUCUGAGGGUUUGA